AUGAAAAGUUUUAAGAAAAAAAAUAAUUUGAGGAGAAAGAGGGUUUUCCCUGUUUUUACUAAAAUUCUUUUAGUCUCUUUUUUAGUAUGGGUUUUGAAGUGCUCUAAUAAUCAACCAUACCAAGGAACAAUUCAAAAUCCUCCUAGUAAUGAACCAGUCGUAAGAACACAAGUAUUCAGGGAAGCAAGACCAGGUGGUGGUUUUAAAACAUAUGAAGAAAAAUACGAAUCAAAACACUAUAAAUUAAAAGAAAAUGUUGUCGAUGGUAAAAAAGAUUGUGAUGAAAAAUACGAAGCUGCCAAUUAUGCUUUCACUGAAGAGUGCCCAUACACAGUAAAUGAUUAUAGCCAAGAGAAUGGUCCAAAUAUAUUUGCUUUAAGAAGAAGAUUCCCUCUUGGAAUUAAAGAUGAAGAAGAAGAAGAGGGUAAAACACCAUUAGCAUUAAAAGAUAAAUUACCAGGUGGUUUAAGUGAAUACGAAAACCAAGUAGAGGGAAUAUGUAAUAAUGACACAUGUACCUCAUGUGGACCUACAGCUAUAGAUUAUGCACCAGUAUCUUCACCAAAUACUUCUUAUGUAUCAAGUAGCUAUCCUUAUGGAGGAGAUGUAUCUGGUGUAAAUCAAGGAGUACAACAACCCCAAGAUGGAUUACACCAUACUCCAUCACAUAUUCCAGGAACUUCAUACAAUAGUUCUCACAAUAAAUUAAGAGGACACGAUAAUAAAGGAAGUUCAUCAUCUUAUGGGUACCAAUCUCCAUAUACCCCAGGAUUAAAUGUUUCUGAUGGAAGUAGUAAUAUGCAAACUUAUGUUUCUCCCAAUACCUCAGGCUAUUCAUCUCCAUACCAAGUUCCACAGGGUUCAGGAUACGGUUCAAGAUAUAGUUCAUACAGUUCCGUAAAUAAAUAUGGAAAAAGCGGUUAUCACAGAUACGAUUCCUUAAAAAAUAAUGAAUUAAAUUACGAUGAAGAAAAAGGAGAAAAAAAGAAAAAAUCAAAAAAAAAUAAAAACAAAGAUGGAGAAAAGAAAAAAUCAAAGAAAAACAAAGACAAAGAUGGAGAAAAGAAAAAAUCAAAAAAAAACAAAGACAGUGACACAGAAAGCAUAAAAUCAAAAAAAAGUAAUGCAGAAAAGGAAGAAAAUAAGUAUGAAAGAAUAACCGAUAAUUCCCAUUCAGGUGUAUUAAGUACUAAUAAAAAAAAAGGUAAUGAAUCAAAAAGCACCCUUGGAGAAUAUAAGAAGCCAGAUUUUAGUUCAUCUCAAAAUAAAUCAACAAAUGUUGCCACACCAGGAGUAAAAGAUACACAUAAAGGAGCAAGUACUACUGUAGGAGCAACUAAAGGAUCAAGUACUAAUGCAGGAGCAACUAAAGGAGCAAGUACUAAUGCAGGAGCAACUAAAGGAGCAAGUACUAAUGCAGGAGCAACUAAAGGAGCAAGUACUACUGCAGGAUCAACUACAGGAACAAGUACUACUGUAGGAACAACUAAAGGAGCAAGUACUACGGAAGAAAAAGCUAAAGAAGGAAGUACUACUGAAGAAAAAGCUAAAGAAGGAAGUACUACUGAAGAAAAAGCUAAAGAAGGAAGUGGUGCUGAAGGAACAACUAAAGAAGGUAGUACUACUGAAGAAAAAACUAAAGAAGGAAGUGGUGCUGAAGGAACAACUAAAGAAGGAAGUGGUGCUGAAGGAACAACUAAAGAAGGAAGUACUACUGAAGGAAAAACUAAAGACGGAAGUACUACUGAAGGAAAAACUAAAGACGGAAGUACUACUGAAGGAAAAACUAAAGACGGAAAUGCUGCUGAAGGAAAACCUGGAAAAGGAGGAGCAAAUACAGUACAAUCUAAAGAUGGAAAUGCCCCAAAAAAUCCUGAAAAUAAUUCUGAAAAAGUAAUAUCAAGAGGAGAAGCACAAUUACAAGCAUCAGGAAAGAAAAAGAAGAAAAAAGGAUGCUGUGGUUAA